GGGUCGUAUUAAUUGGAAACUAUUGAUUUCUUGGGCAAGUAAUAAGAUAAGAGCAAGUAGUUACUCUGAUGAUUAAGGAGCAGGUGAAGACUGAGUAUGCAAUGCCUGCUUCUCCACUUAAUCUCUUCUCUCACGCUACCAAAUGAUAUCAGAUCAGAGCAAGAAUGCUUCAAGCCUGCUUCUCUCACCUCUAUAUAAACCUACUAAUGCAUUGCAUUCACCACCAGACGAGCGAGCUAGCUCAGUGAUACAGAUCAGAGGCAUGGCUGUUAAGCUGCUCAUCGCACUCCUUGCCUUGGCUUCCCUUCAUGCUGUAUUGGCUUCAGAUCCUAGUCCCCUCCAGGACUUUUGCGUUGCCGAUGACAACCCCAAAGUGUUCGUCAAUGGCGCGAUAUGCAAGAACAUGAACGACGUCACAGCCAACGACUUCUACACUUCUGGCCUCGACAAGCCUGGCAACACUGUCAAUGAUGUUGGCUCCAAUGUCACCGCCAUCAACGUGAAUAAGAUCCCUGGGCUGAACACCCUCGGCAUCUCCUUGGUUCGCAUUGAUUAUGCACCAAAUGGGCUCAACCCUCCUCACACCCACCCUCGAGCCACUGAGAUCCUCGUUGUGCUAGAAGGAGAACUCUAUGUGGGCUUUGUGACAUCCAAUAUCGGCCAAACCAACCGCCUCUUCACCAAGAAUUUGAAGAAGGGUGACGUCUUUGUAUUCCCCCAAGGCCUCAUCCACUUCCAACUCAACACAGGCAAGUGCAACACAAUUGCACUCGCCGGUCUCAGCAGUCAAAACCCGGGGGUCAUUACCAUCGCCAAAGCUGUGUUCGGAUCGACACCACCCAUCUCCGAUGAUGUGCUCGCAAAGGCUUUUCAGGUGGACAAACACCUCGUUGACUGGCUCCAAGCUCAACAAUGGACGGACAACAAUAACUAGCCAGCCAGUGAACUAUUUUCAUGCAUUGAUUGUAUUACAAGCCAUUGUGUGUCCUUUAUAUCUUAAAAUUCAUAGUUAAAAUGGUUAAUUUGAUAUAUGAAAUGAAUAAAAGAAGGGAAAAGAAACAACAUUUAUCUAUGAAUACAAAGCUGCAAUUCAACGUGAGCAUUAUCUUGUGUGAUGCAUCUUUUGU